GAAAAGCUGCUGACCCCGGUGAAUAGUUACGGAUCUCAUGAUAGGAAUUUGAGGCCAGCCUUAGGAUCUGCUGCCUUUCACCCAGAGGAGGAAGAAUUCCGAAGGUGUCUCAAAUAUUACUUCAUGAGCCCCUGUGACAAGUUUCGUGCCAAAGGUCGGAAGCCAUUUAAAUUGGUGCUUCAAGUCAUCAAGAUCCUCAUAGUCACCAUUCAGCUCAUUCUCUUUGGGCUCAGCAAUCAGAUGGUGGUAACAUUCAAAGAGGAGAACACUAUUACAUUUAAGCAUCUCUUCCUGAAGAACUAUGCAGAUGGAUCAGAUGACAUCCAUGCCGUUUACACACAAGCAGACGUCUAUGACCAUAUCUUCCAUGUGGUGGAAAAUUAUUUGGCAAUUCCAAGUGAGACAAUUGGACGCUAUGCCUAUGUUCACCCAAACAAUGCUAACCAAUCAGCCCUCAUGCUCUGCCAGCAAUAUUACCGCAAGGGAAGAAUUGACCCAGCCAAUGAUACUUUCAACAUUGAUCCCAAGGUCAUCACAGAAUGCCUUGGUGUGGAUCCCCCAGAGAAGAUCCCUCCUCCAUCUGAUCUCAGAGGGAAACAUCCAGAUCUAGCAUUGGACCGCAGCUACAAAAACUUUACUCUUAAGUUUUACAAGCUCAUUAAUGUCACAAUUGACUUCAAGCUAAAAGCCAUCAACAUCCAAACAAUAAUCAACAAUGAAAUUCCAGACUGCUACACUUUUUCUAUAACAAUUACGUUUGACAAUAAAGCACACAGUGGCAGAGUGAAGAUCCGUUUGGAUAACAAAGUCGACAUUCAGGAAUGCAAAAACCCAAGUGUCUCUGGCAAAGGAGACAACCGUUUCCGGAUGUUCUUUGAUGUGGUGGUGAUCCUUAUCUGUGUCCUAUCUUUCAUAUUGUGCUCCCGCUCAAUUAUCAGGGGGCUUCGACUGCAGCAUGAGUUCAGCCAGUUCUUUCAGCAACGCUACAGCCAAAAUAUCUGCCUCUCUGAUCGCAUGGAAUUUCUUAAUGGCUGGUACAUUUUGCUAGUGGUGAGCGACAUCCUUACAGUGUCUGGCACAAUAAUGAAAAUUGGGAUAGAGUCCAAGAACUUUGCUGACUAUGAUGUCUGUGGCAUCCUUCUGGGCACCUCCACCCUCUUGGUCUGGGUUGGAGUCAUGCGCUACUUGAGUUUCUUUCAAAAAUACAAUAUCCUCAUUGUUACUAUGCGGGUGGCUCUUCCCAACGUCAUCCGCUUCUGUUGCUGUGUGGCAGUGAUCUACCUGGGCUACUGCUUCUGUGGAUGGAUAGUCCUGGGCCCCUAUCAUGUCAAGUUCCGCUCGCUCUCAAUGGUGUCUGAGUGUCUCUUCUCUCUCAUCAAUGGGGAUGACAUGUUUGUGACCUUUGCCAGCAUGCAGCAGAGCAGCUACCUGGUGUGGCUUUUCAGUCAGUUGUACCUGUACACCUUCAUCAGCCUCUUCAUCUACAUGGUGCUCAGCCUCUUCAUUGCUCUCAUCACCGGAUCCUAUGAGACGAUCAAGCAUCAGUGUGAGGGAGAAGCAUCUGUCACUCAGCUCCAGGCCUACAUAGCCGAAUGCAAAGACAGCCCUGAAUCUGGCAUGUUCCGCAAGGAAAAAAGCUCUUCGUGUUCUAUUUUCUGCUGCUGUGAACGAAGCCCGAUGCAGGAGAAUGUGUUGGUGGUGAACUGAGAGCUUCAUGGUAACGAAGGGGACUGUUUUGCUGCUUCCUGAUGGACUGUCUGGGAGACAAAGUGUCUGGAAGAGGACUACAAAUAAGCGAACAGUGGUCUUUAACAGCAGGGUUUGCGAUAUGAGAGGUCGCAGUGUGAGCCCUGUGUCUGUUCCCUACAGAGCUGUUGCAAUAGUCCUCUGCUUAAGAAGAUUCCUGGGGAGAAGGAGGAAGGAUACUUUUUAAAAUAACCAUCGCAUGGCUGCAUUAGACUUUAUUGAAAUCACUACAGUAGAUCCCACCUUUCUCAGGUUGGGUGAAACGAGAAGGUUUUCAAAGUAUUACCACGAGAAACAAACAACUUUUUAAAAAAAUAACUUUAUUUUAGAAGAAGAAAAAGGAAUAGUAAAAAGGACAUGGCAGGAAUAAUCAAGGCAAAACCUUUGUAUUACUUCUGAGAUCCUUAAGUCACCCAGGCUUCCACUGGGUAUUUUGGUGGAUCCAUUUGCCUCAGAAAGAACUGACCCAGUGGCAUUAUUCUUCAAGCAACAUCCAAAGGAGUGAGCAUCUCUCUAACAUGAAAUAUUCUCAUCGGGUUGGUACCUGGCGGGUUCGGAAUGCUCUAGAAUGAACUGAAAUUAAUGAGUGGGCCUGGGAGGGGCAAGUACAGCUGCUUAAAAACACAGAGCAAGACUUUUCCUGUUUAAAAGUGAUACAUGAAUUUCCAUCUUACCGGUGUUCUGCUGGUCUCUGUAGUAUUUCCAGGUGUGUGUCAUCUGUAGUGACCAUUGCUUGUUUACUGAUUGACAUUCUUCUGACCUUGCUCGUUAUGGAUAUCAGAAUUUGAACUGAAAACUCUCCUCGCUGUAAUGCCAAAGUGCCCCAGUGGCCCAUCAUUGCCCGGAAUUCUCUCUGGUCUAGUUCUGAUCCCUCCUCCGGUGACAGUCAAGGCUGGUCUCACCUGAUAAAGUUGCUUUGAGCAGAUAAUCUUACAGAUUUUAUCAUUUUAUCUUCAACUUUACAAAAUAGCUCCUGAUCCAAAAGAUUAAAAGCAUUGGGGAAUUUUUAUCUUCAGAAGCAGAAAUUUAGAAAUUGCCCUGUUGGACUUUUAUUACAGGGAGGGAUUAAUUCCAUCCUCCCACCUCUGAAUGUUCUUGUCUGUUAAAUAACAAGUUAGUUUUAAAAAAUCAAGCGACCCAAAUAAUGUUAAAUAAGGGCAGUUGUUUUAAAGCAGUAAUGUAAUACAACUGUAACAAAGAAUACAAUAUUAAUCUGAAUUUUUCCUGUUAGUAUAAUUUAUGAAGUACAGUUCUGGAUUAUAAGCAUCAGUUAUUUAUAGCUAACAGUAUUAUUCUAAUAAAUAAUUAUGAGAAAAACAUGAA